AUGUCGGUUUGCCAAUAUUAUUUACGAGGUAAUUGUCGAUAUGGAGAUCGAUGUCGAUAUCCACAUGUAAAUUCCAAUGAAUCACAUAUGCAUAGACAAAAUGCUCCUCAGUCUCAUCCUCGUCCUCAUCGCGCACCAAUUAAUCCAGUGUAUAAGUAUGUUGCACCAUCAGUCGCCAAUAAACGUAAUAAUGUCACAAAUCCAGCAACAUCUGCAACUCUUAAAUGGCUUACUGAAAAUUAUACAGAUAGAAUGAAAGCAUUCGAUAUCUUAGUGCAAAUGCAAACUGAAGCGAAAGUAUGGCUUAAAACAGGUCUUUGGCGAUUUACAUCAAGAUCACUUUUUCCUGGUGGACAUCCUUUAGAACAUUGGACGGAUCAUUCAUUUGAAGAAAUGAAAUGGGCACAUCGAUGCAUGAGUAAUACUGGCGAAGAACAUAAAUAUAAAAAAGCAUAUUCCGAUUAUUGGGAAAAUACGCAACGUGAACUUAUUGGUUUAUCAGAACUUCGUAUUGAUACUAUUAAACUACUUAAAGAUCAUAUUGCAGAAUAUGUUGCAAGUAAUCAUAAACCAUCGACAACAUUACCAAGUGAUAUUGAUAUGAAAGAUGAUAAUCAUAUUAUAACAGCAAAUUCCAGUGUAGAAUUAACAAAUUAUACAGCAGAUGAUCAACUUCUUGCAGAUGAACGUGCUGCUUUUGAAAGUGAUACAUUUGAAUUAGGACAUAUACCUGUUCAUGCUCCUUCACAACAAUUUUGUUAA